AAAAUAGGGAAGAAAUAUAUAAUAAUAAAAUAAUAUUUUGAUUUAAUAUAUAUAUCAAAAAAGAAUUUUCACAAAUUAACAGAGAGAAAAGAAAAAAAGAGAGAUGGGUAUGCAUAUGGUAUAGACAUGUAUACAUGCUGUGUAUAUACAUGACAUAUAUAAAAAUGAUUGAUUAUGAACCAAACAGCUAGCUAGCUAAGAAGAGAGAGCAAAGGAAAAAAAGAAAAAGAAAAACGCCUAUAUUAUUGAUUAUUCUUAUUUAUAAUUUUCUGAAUUCUUGUUGUCUCUCUAUAUUUAUUUAUCUAUCUCUCUUCUCUCUUACAAAUGCUUUGAUUUUUUUUUUUUUUGGAGCUUUUCCCAUAGUUGUUUGGGAAAAAUUUGAAUUGAUCUUAUCUUAUUAUUAUAUAUAUAUUCUUCAUCUUCAUCUUCUUCUUCUUCUUUUUUCAUUCCCUAGAAGAAAAAAAAAAUCAGGGAAAAUUGAGAUGGCGGCUGGUUCAUCAUCGGUGAGUUUUUAUGGAAGUAGUAGUUUUAGAUCAGAACAAGAAAAUCAAAAUAACCAAAUAUUGUUACAACAACAACAGCCUAAUUCAUCAACUACUUUCACUACUGCUACUACUACAACAACUUCUUCAAUUGCUUCAACCACAGCUCCUCCAAAGAAGAGAAGAAAUCAAUCAGCUUCAAAUUCUGAUGCGGAAGUGGUGGCGUUAUCUCCAAAGACUCUAAUGGCGACAAACAGGUUUAUAUGUGAGGUUUGUAACAAAGGGUUUCAAAGGGAACAAAAUCUUCAGUUACACAGAAGAGGACACAAUCUUCCAUGGAAGCUUAAGCAGAAGAACAACAAAGAUCCACCUAAAAGAAAAGUUUUUCUUUGCCCUGAACCUACUUGUGUUCACCACGACCCGUCUCGGGCUUUGGGAGAUCUCACCGGAAUUAAAAAACACUAUUCCAGAAAACAUGGUGAGAAGAAAUGGAAGUGUGAGAAAUGUUCUAAACGCUAUGCUGUUCAGUCUGAUUGGAAAGCUCAUUCUAAGACAUGUGGUACUAGAGAAUACAGAUGUGAAUGUGGCACUCUCUUCUCCAGGCGUGACAGUCUAAUUACUCAUCGAGCUUUCUGUGAUGCAUUGGCUCAAGAAACUGCAAGGCAUCCGACGAGUUUGAACACCAUUGGUGGUCACCAGCUCUACGGUAACAGCCAUGUGAAUUUAGGACUGUCACAGAUGGGAUCCCAAUUUUCAAGCCUACAAAAUCACCCAUCUGCCAAUAACAUGUUAAGGUUGGGACAUAAUAUUACUACUCCAAAAAUAGAAAACCUCAUUUCAUUAUCCUCAUCAAACCCUAAUAAUAAUAAUAAUAAUAAUAAUUCUUUUGGGAACCCUACUCAGAAUUAUUCUCCUUCCACAUUUUUCCUCCAAGAUCAUCAUCAUAAUAAUCAAGCUUAUCAUCCAUUUUUGAACAAACCAUCUCAUUCCCUUACCCAACUUCCAGAUCUUCAAUCCAACAAUAACAACAACAACAAUUCAUCCGACAUUUUCAACCUAGGAUUUUUCUCCAACAAUAAUGGAAACAUAAGAUCUGAUCAGUUCAACCUUGAUCAUGGUGGUGGUAAUAACACAAAUGGAAUGCCAACAAUGUUCUCUAGCAUAGCCGAUCAUAUGGCGGCCGGUCAUGGUGGUGCCGCCAUGUCAUCUCUUUACGGGGGCGGUGGAAACAGGCAAGAUAACAGCAACAACAACAACAACAACAACAGCCUCUCCCCUCAUAUGUCAGCCACCGCAUUGCUUCAGAAAGCCGCUCAAAUCGACUCGACUACUUCUAGUCUAGUCGACGCGCCUUCUUUGCUUAGAAGCUUGAGAAAUUCGGCAGCUAGGGUUUCAAAUAAUAAUCAUGAUCAUCACGAUGAUCAUGAUCAUGAUCACCAACUUGAAGGGUUAAUGAACUCUUUAGCCAACAAUAAUGGUGGUGGUGGCGGCGGCUCGUCCAAUCUUAAUGUUUUCGGAGGAUUUAUGAAUGCCCUAGGUGGUGGUUCAACUACUACAUCGCUUGAUGUUGAUGAUCAACAUGGAAAUUUGUGUGAUGAUCAGCUGGAUCAUCAUCAUCACCAUCAAACCAACAAUUACAAUAAGUUUCAUCAGAAUAAUUUGGGGGUGAGUUUUGGAUCGGGUUCGGAUAAAUUAACGUUGGAUUUUCUUGGUGUUGGAGAAAUUGUGAGGAACAUGCAUGGUGGUGGGAUUAGUAGUAAUGGUAACAACAAUACUAUUACUGCUUCUCUUGACGCUCAGUUGAAGUCAACGCAGCAAAGUCAACUAUUUGGUGGGACAACUUCGACCUUGCAUUAACAAGAACUAUAUAUAUAUUUAUAAAUAAUUAUAAUAAUAAUAGUAAUAAAGUAAUAUUUAUAUCAUAAACUUUAGAUAAAUUAAUCAGACUGUUUGUUUAAAUAUUAAGGUGAGUAUACAUGAACUUGGGAAACUAGCUAGUCUAGCCAGCUUAAUUCAUUUUUAAUGUUUUAUGAUCA